CCAGGCCACCCCUCCUGCCUGCAGUUCACCGUCAACAUGACGGCGGCCGUGCGCACCUAUCGCUGGCAAUGCAUCGAGUGCAAGUCCUGCAGCCUCUGCGGCACCUCCGAGAACGACGACCAGCUGCUCUUCUGUGAUGACUGCGACCGGGGGUACCACAUGUACUGCCUGAGCCCCCCCAUGGCAGAACCCCCCGAAGGCAGCUGGAGUUGUCACCUCUGUCUCCGGCAGCUGAAGGAGAAGGCGUCAGCCUACAUCACCCUCACUUAGGGGGGGGGGGGCGGCUGGACCCCCCCCCCCCGCACCCCAAAAUCCCUCCCCCAACCCCCCCCCCAACCCGCCGCCCAAAUCCUACCGAAAGCCAUAACGGAGCGGG